UUAAUCGUGUCUCAAACCAUGUUCAGCAUCAGAGUAUUCGUGCUGGAAUAGGCUUCAUUCCAGUGUGGGAAAGGCUUCAUUCGUGGUUCAAACCUUACUCACCAUCAGAAAAUUCAUUCCAGUGAGAAACUCUUUGUAUGCAAGGAGUGGAGGAAGACCUUUAGAUAUCAUUACCAACUUAUUUAACAUUACCAAAUUCACACUGGUUAAAAACCCCUUUGAAUGUAAAGAAUGUGGAAAGGCCUUCAGUUUUCUGACACAGCUUGCUGGACUUCAGGUCAUUCAUACUGGCGAGAAGCCAUUUGAAUUUGAGAAAUGUGGGAAGGCUUUUAAUAGUGGCUCAAACCUUGUUCGACAUCAGAGUGUUCAUACUGGUGAGAAACUCUACAAAUGUAAGGAGUGUGGGAAAACUUUCAGAUUUUGUUUGGUCCUGACUGCAUAUCAAAGAAUUCAUACUGGUAUGAAACCCUGUGAAUGUACAGAAUUUGGGAAGACCUUUAGUUGUAGCUCAAACAUUGUUCAACAUGUUAAAAUUCAUACUGGUGGGAAACCCUAUAAUGUAAGGAAUGUGGGAAAGCAUUUACUGUGGAUGAUCAGCUGUCUCAACAUCAGAAAAUUCAUAAUAGUUAGAAAUUUUGUGACUAUAAGGAGUGUGGACAAGCCUUCACUGUGUAUGAAAAAUUUACUCAACACCAGAGAGCUCAUAUUGAUGAGAAAUCUUGUGAACAUAAAAGAAUGUGUGAAGAACUUUCAUCAUGGCCUGGGAUUUGCUCAACUUCUGAGUAUUCAUACUUCUGAGAAAUCUUUGAGUGUAAGGAAUAUGGGGCGUUUUAUAGCCACACUAAAUACCUUGGAGUUCGGAGAAGAUAAUUCUUGUGAGAAAGUCUUUGAAUGAGGAAUAUAGGGUAGCUGUCAUGUUCACAAUAUACUCCCUAUGAAAUAAUUUACCAGAUACAGGCAUACCUCGCUGAAUUGUGCAUUGCAGUUAUUGUGUUUUAUACAAACUGAAGGUUUGUGGCAACCCUGUGGUGAGCAAGAUGAUCAGGUCCAUUUUCCCAACAUCAGAUGUGCAUUUCGUGUCUUUAUGUCACAUUUUGGUAAUUCUCAGAAUAUUUCAAACGUUUUCAUUGUUAUAUAUCUAUCAUGGUGAUCAAUGACCAGUGAUUUUUGAUGUUACUAUUGUAAUUGCUUUGGGAUACCACAAAUUCUGCCCAUAAAAGAUGGUAAACCUAGUUGAUACUUGUUGUGGGUUUUGAAAGAAUAGUCAAAUAUACAAUCAUAUACCCCACCCUAGAUUCAAAAUUGUUAACAAUUUGCACGUUUAUUUUUUGUAUAUUUGUUGUGCCAUUGAGAAUAAGUUUUAGACAUCAUGACACUUUACCCUUUAUUUAAUCAACAUGUGUAUCAACCAAACAUAAAGACAAUAUCAUAUAGCCAUUGUACCAUAAUUACCCUUAAGGAAAGUAUUCAUAAUUCUGUAAUAUCAUUCCAUUUUCAGAUUUCUUCAUUGGCUUCCAAACCAUCUUUUACAGCUAUUCAUAUUCAAAGGAGAAUCCAUUGCAGAAUCUGCAUUGCAUUUGGUUAUCUCUCUUUAGUAGCCUGGAAAUCCUAUGAAUGUAGGCUCUCAAAUUUUGGUAGGUAUUAGAAUCAACAGUGGAACUUAGUAAAGCUACAGAGACUUAAGCCCUAGCUUAUAAUUCUGGGCCUCUAUGUUUUUUAUUAUUUCUCCAGGUGAUUGUGAUACCAACCAGAGUUAGAGAGCCACUGACCUAGAACAUUUCUCCUCUCUCCUCAUUCUUUUUUUUUUUUUUUUGCAGUUGCAAGAUUUAAUAGAGUGAAAACAGAGCUCCCAUACAAAGGGAGGGGACCCAAAGAGGGUAGCUGUUGCCGGCUCGAAUGCCUGGCUUUAUAUCCUGAUCAUUGUCCCUCCCACUGUGCUCUCAGGCAAUAGAUGAUUGGCUGUUUCUUUACCUCCUGUUUUUGCCUGAUUAGCAUUUUAGCGGGCUGUCUUUCCUACCUGAUUGGUCGGGUGUGGGCUAAGUUGCAAGCCCCGUGUUUAAAGGUGGAUGUGGUCACCUUCCCAGCUAGGCUUAGGGAUUCUUAAUCGGCCUAGGAAAUCCAGCUAGUCCUGUCUCUCAGUACCCUCUCUCAACAGGAAAACCCAAGUGCUGUUGGGGAGGUUGGCCAACAACUGCUCUAAUUGCUUCCUGCUGAAUUGGGGUGUAGUAGGAGUUGUGCAGUUGAGAUUUCCUCGGGACGGGUGCCUUCGAUGUCAUUAACAUUGGAGCAUGGGCUAGCAGGCCGGUCCAGGGGUCCGUGGUAGAUUUUAGUCAUGGACUGCAUCUGGGGCCCCAUUUGAAGAACUAUUUGUAGCUUUACAGCUUCGAUUCUGGAAAAGACAAACUUAACAAGGAGGUUAAAGAUACAGGGAUUGAAAUGUAUGGCCUGCAGUGCAGGGGAUUAUUUCUUUGGCACACUUCACAGACCCUGACUAUCUGCUUGAUAGUUUUGAAAAGGCCUGGUCCAUCUCCUCAUUCUUAAAAAAUGAGAUUGAAUUUUGAUUAGCCCAGGAAAGUUGUCUAUGUGUUUAGAUUUCUUUCUUUAUAGUGUCAUUUAGUCUUAUUCUCUUUGUUGCAUAUUCUGUACAAGGGAAUUUGAGUCCAGAGGCUCUGUUAGGUCAGAUUAAACAUUUUGGGGAAGAAUACUUUGUAGGCUAUUUGUAUGUCAUGUUUUACUGUUAGAAAACAUUUAAGUACAGGUCCUUGCAUUAGUGAAACUAAGUUUGGUCAUUUGGGUAAGCUGGUAACCACCAUAAGUCCAUCGUAAAGAUCUAAUUUGUACUGGGUAAAUAAUCUAUGGAGAGACUUUGACCUCUGAAUAUUUAUAGUCAUGUGUAUUUUAGCUGUGGAUUGAAUACAAAAUGAAAAUUGAGAUAGACUAUUCAAAAAUGAACGCCAUUAAGGUUGUCAACAUAAGUCAACUUGUGUGAUAAGGCUGACAGUAUAUGCAGUACAAAAUUAGCACCCUCUAGUUUAUUCAGGGAGCCAAGAUUGUUUUGUCUGGAACCUUGUUUUUGUUCAGCAUUUAUCAUCAGCACCUAUAUACAUCAUGGCUGGUACAUGAGCUGUUGAUAAACUUUGAAAAAAAUUAAGCCUUUAAAUCAAGCUAUAAAACAUGAUCCCAUUGUGGCAUCAUGAAUUAGAGAUUAACUUUUUUAAAGAUCAAUAAUAAUCCUUUGUGAUUUUAUUCCAGUGCAUUUAAAAAUCUAUAAAAUGAUAAUUUAUAUUGAUAGCUUUCUUCUUUCUGUGAAUAUACCCUUAUCAGAUUAUUAUGCUUUUGAUAGACUACUUAAUUCUAUUUCUUAACAUUUAAUUGUAUCUAUAAUCAUAAGUAAAGUUAUAAUUUUCUAAACAUUUUUCAGGUUUUGUUAAUGCAAUGAUCUUAUAAAUCUUACAAAACGAGGCUAUUUAAAACCUGGCUUUCUAGUCUCAUGUUCCUAUUUUUUAUUUCCAGUUUCAUCUUUUUCGUAUUGAUUGUCUUUGACUUUCUUUUUUGAACUCAACAGAUUCCGUGGGUAUUAAGCCAGCACAACUCCUUUAUGGGUCAUUGCACAUUCUGGUAUCUCAUUAAGAACUGUCAUAAAAGAAAGAUCCCUGGAGGCCUUCCAGUGAAACUCUAUCAUCAUGCAAUAUUGGGAUUUCUAAGCUGGAAGUCACAGUCCCUUUGCAAACAUAAUAAAACACUUUAAAAUAUUUGCUAAAGUUACAAACCAAGUAUGUAAAAAUUUAAAAAUCACCUACUACUUUUAAAAGCAGAGAAGGCAUCCAUAGACUAUUUCCUUGCUUACAAGCUCAGUGAACAUAGUGAAUUCACUUACAAAAAGAAUUUUCUCAAUUUUAGUUGCUUUUCAAAAAAAUUCUUAUUCCUUUUAUUUGUAAUUCUUUGACAUUGUGGCUGCUUCACGGUUUUGGUGAUUGGACAGUUUGGUCUUUAUUAUGCUAUUAACAUUUUUACCUGUCCUGAAACAAUGAAAUACAAUCAAAGAAACAGAAGAUUGCUGGACCUUGAACCACAUUAUGAUAUCAGAUGACCCAGAGUCAUGGUUACUAAGUUGCUUAAAUUUUUAGUAACAAAGAUGUAUUAGAAAGUGACAGGUCAAUUAAAUAAUGGUUUUUUUGGAUACGUUUAAUUAUAUAAUCCCCUUAAGUUGUGCUUAGUCAGCAGUAUUUAAUCUGUUGUCUAUUAUAUAUCUAACUAGUCUGGUAUGUUUAUUAUAUAUUUAUGUGUUGCUUAUUCAUAUCUUAUUGGAGUAACUCAUUUUUAAAACAAUAUAUUUCAUCUCCUAGGAGAAGAGGAUCAAGUAUGUGUUUUUAUUCUUUUUCAUUAGGACAUUGGGGUAUAUUCUUAUUGUGAAAUGUAUUGAAUAUUUCAUUUAUUUGGUUUGUGAGUCUGACCUUCACUCCCUAGCACUGAUUUUUAUUUGGACCUCCUUUUACCUGAUUCAUAGGAGUUAUGAGUAGCCAUUAAUAUGGAUACAUUUUUCCCAUUUCUAGUACACUGCCUCUUCCAAAAGUGUCUGACUUACUCAAACUUCUCUGUAUUUGUUCCAUCUUGCUUUUACAGAUCAAUACAAAUAGGUAACUAUACCUUCUAAACAAACAUCAAGUUAGUGGAAAAAAGGCAUAUGAACAGUUCUUUCUCACCUACUAUCAACAGUAAAUUAAACAUUCCUAACUGCAGCCUCCUUUUGUAAAAUUUAUAACCAUUUAUCUUUUGAGUGUGACAUGAUACUAGAUGUAUGAUAAUUACGUUUUGUGUAUCAGUAUGAACAUGAUUUUUAACAGACUUGUUCCAAUGAACUAUUAUAGAGAUGGUCCCCAACAAUGUCAACUAACAAUUUCUCAGCUUUAUGAUGGUGCAAAAGUGAUAUGUUGCUAUAGUUUGGAUAUUUGUCCCUCCAAAUCUCAUGUUGAAGUUUGAUCUCAGUGUUGGAGGUGGGGCCUAAUGGAAGGUGUUUGGGCCAUGGCGGAAGAUCCCUCAUGAAUAAAUUAAUGCCCUCUCUGGAUUGAGGGGUGAGUAAGCUAUCACUCUGUUAGUUUUUGUGAGAGCUGAUUGUUCAAAAGAACCUGGCACCUCCUCCCUCACCCUCUUGUUUUCUCUCUUGCCAUGUGAUGUCUGCAUACACUGGCUCUCCCUUCAUCAUCUGCCAUGAGUGGAAGCAGCCUGAGACCCUUAGCAGAAGCAGAUGCUGCACCAUGAUUCUUGUACAUUCUGCAGAACAGUGAGCCAAAUAAGCCUCUUUAUUAAUCACCCAGCCUCAGAUAUUCUUUUAUAGCAAUACAAAAUGGACUCAGACAUACUUAGUCAGAGUAUGCUCCUCAAAUUAAGAUGGGGCUAUGUUACGCUGAAAAUAUUGUAGGUCAUAAAUACACAUUUGGCAUAUGAUGUGAUGGGUUUAUUUGGAUAUAACGCUGUCAUAAGUUGAGAAGCAUCUGUAGUAAUUAUGAUAAUUUGAUGUGUAGCCAGUAGGAGUCCAGUUACAUUUGUUUUUUUGACUUCUUUUUUUCUUUUCACUUUUUAAAUGAAUAUCGUGUUCAGGUCCUAAGAAGAUGUUUUAGACUGAUCCUUCUUUGUUGGUCCAUGUCCCCCAUGCCUCUUGUCCUGAGUCAUGGAAUCAACCCACGAUUCAGUACCCUCGUAAGGUGUCCUGGUUCUAUUUAGAGGAAAAGAGCCUUAGAGACCAAGAAAUCUGGCUGCUGUGGGUGCACAUGGCAGUUACAGGUAUGGAAAAAAGAUGCUGCUUUUGUUAGAAUUCUUUUAAUAGUUUCAGAGUAGAAAAUGUCAUCGUCAGGUCAGAAGUUCACUCUGAUUUUUCUCAACUUACAUUUCUAUGAUCUGCUCUUGUUUGCAUUUGGUAUUUUAUUGAAUUAUAAGGUUUUAUGUAUGGUGAUAGCUGAGAAGUUUAUCUCCUGCUAGGGCCUGCCUGAAAUGACAUAUUAAUCUGCUUGCCCAUUUUUGGAGAUAUUGGUCUGAUUCAAAUUUGUCAUGGUGUUUCUGAGCAGUGUUAUGAAGAACAUUCAAUAAUGGAUAAUAGAUAGACAGAUAGAUGGAUAGAUAGAUAGACAGAUAGAUGGAUAGAUAGAUAGAUAGAUAGAUAGAUAGAUAGAUAGAUAUAUUUAUAUUUGAGAUGGAGUUUUGCUUUUGUUGCCCAGGCUGGAGUCCAAUGGUGCAGUCAUGGCUCACCACAACCUCUGCCUCCCAGGUUCAAGCGAUUCUCCUGCCUUAGCCUCCCAAGUAGCUGGGAUUACAGGUGCCUGUCACCACGCCCAGCUAAUUUUUGUAUUUUUAGUAGAGACAGCUUUCAGCAUGUUGGCCAGGCUGGUCAUGAACUCCUAACCUCAAGUGAUCCGCCCGCCUCAGACCCCAAAGUGCUGGGAUUACAGGUGUGAGACAUCUCGCCCAGCCGACAAUAGAUAAUAUUUUGAAUGUUCAUAGAUUCCCCAGAAAAAAACUGGACAGAAGAUUUCUGUCAUCCUUUUUUUUUUUUGAGACGGAGUCUCGCUGUCUCGCCCAGGCUGGAGUGCAGUGGCUCGAUCUCUGCUCACUGUAAGCUCUGCCUCCUGGGUUGACGCCAUUCUCCUGCCUCAGCCUCCUGAGUAGCUGCGACUACAGGAGCCCGCCACCAUGCCCGGGUAAUUUUUUUUUUGUUUUGUUUUUGUUUUUGUUUUUGUUUUAGUAGAGACGGGGUUUCACUGUGUUAGCCAGGAUGGUCUCGAUCUCCUGACCUCGUGAUCCGCCCGCCUCGGCCUCCCAAAGUGCUGGGAUUACAGGCAUGAGCCACAGCGCCCAGCCUUCUGUCAUCCUUUUAUAGGGUAUUAUGAUAAUCCAGUUUGCAGUAUGGGGGAUGAGAGACCUGUGUGUUCUAAUUUCUAGGAUACCAUUCCAUUUCUAUGAGUCUUCUGCAUAAGUGUGGUCUCUCGGGUUUCACUGUGGUUAUUUGUAAUUGCUGAAAGUGAAACUUUCUCCUUGGAUUCCCCAGCGGGUCAGAGUCUGUUAUUAUAGAUUAGAGUUCAGGAUUAUAGAACUAGUAAUUUUUAUUAACAGUUGGCUAUGACUAUCUAGAGUAAGGACUGCAUUUAUUUUUCCAAGAUGUUGUCAUGUGACAUAACUUAUGGCCAGCAGGAUGUAAGUGAAUAUUUUGGCAGUUCUAGAAACCUCUCUUAAAACACAGCUGGCUUAAUAUAUUAAUAUUUGAGAAAUCUGGGUGAAGGAUAUCCAGAAAUUCUUUACGAUUUUUCCCAGUUCUGUGUAAGCCUGAGAGCUCAUACCAUUCUGAUGCCAGAAGUGGAAGAAUUCAUGAUUGGUUUGGAACAAGGCCACAAUAUCAGGCUUACAUCCAUAUUAUAUGACAGAGAAAUUGACCUUAUCUUGUUUUAUCCGCUUUAAUUUGGUGCAGUUUUACUAUUUUACUCACAACCAAAUUUAAUCUUAAAUGAUACACCUAGAUUGUCAUAUAUUAAGACUAAGAACAGUCAAUAUAUUCUAUGUUCUGUAGCUCAAAAGCACAGAUCUGCAGAGAGGAGAGCAUCUAUCCCAUGCGUGUUGUCAUGUGCUUAUCCCACACCCUAUUAAAACCACAGUACCUGUAAGGGAGACAUUUUUUUUUCUUCAAGAAUAUGUAUUUCUGCCACAUCUAUGAUUCUCCAAAAUGAGAUGACAGAAAAUGCUAAACAAUUGUUAGAUGACUGUAUGAAGUUCCACUUCUGGAUAAUAGGAUACGGAGACUCUGCAGGCUCAUUUACCAGCAAGACAAGUAAAGGUGGAAAAACAAAAAAACCCAAAAACUAUUUUUAAAACCUUACUAUUUGAGAUCUGAAAGAGUGCAAAGAGUAUACAGUGAAUGAAAUAUCUAACAACAAAGUCUACUAAAACUUGGUAAGAGCAGUGAGAAUUCGUGGUAUUUAAGACACAGCCCACUCUUUUCUUGUCUUCACAGCUCAGUUUUAUGGAAGCUUCACACUGGGUGGAUGCUGCCAAGAUUAUGUGGCUACAGCUCUCAAUCAAGUUUUAUAACAACAGGAGGGUCAGGCUUCCAGGGAUUCUUAUUCCCACCUCCUCUCAGUUGAAGAGGCUAAAUUCCUGGUGAUACAACUAAGAGGCUUGGGGCUCCAUUGCUUCCCCCGCUCCCACCCAUAGGUUGGAAGCUCUACCCAGGCACAGUGAACUCAGAUUUGGGCCCUGAUUGCCUUUGCCUCAGCUUGCUUGAAGGCAGAGGUUUCACAAGAAGAGAAACAAAAUGGCUACCACCCAGCCCAUUGCCCAGAAUGGUGGUUCAGACAUUUUGUCCAGAGGGAGAGACAGUCUAUAAGAAUAGAGCUCUGAAGCUCUCUCGAGAAGAAUGGAAUUUAUUUGAAACAGUGUCAAAAACUUCCCUUAAUUAAAAACAACAUGAACCAUAAGUCAGCUAGUUAAUCAGAUAAUUCCAGGGGAAGACACAGCUAAGGAGCCCUCCUAAAGUCAAAAGAAACCUUAAAGACUGGCCUCGAAAACUAGCCCUGCUUGGCUUAAAUUAUACCAAACUGCUUAGUAAUGAAUGCUCCAGGGAAUUGUUAAGAACAGUAGAGUGAUCAGACAGAAGCCAGUGGAGCCUAGUGGGCUAGAAAUAAUAUCAAAGGAGACAAACAUCUUAACACAGAGAUCAGGGAAAGAUGGUCAAAGAGACUCCUGUUUAAAACCAUACCAGGGUAUACUCUGCAUAUGUCCAAGGCUGUACCCUCUGAAGAGCAACAAAAUGCUUCCCAUUGCAAACUAUUUCACUAAAAUAGCUUAGUGAAAACACAAAACAAAUAACUACGGGUAACUCUGCGUAUGUCCAAGGCUGCACCCACUGAAGAACAACAAAAUGCUUCCCACUGCAAGCUAUUUCACUAAAAUAGCUUAGUCAAAACAGAAAACAAAUAACAACAAAACAAAACAAACAACAAAACCACUCUGAAGAACAACAACAAAAACCACUCUGAAGAAGGGGACAGGGAAUCAGUAUCCAGAAUUGCCAUAGUAUGUUACCUAAUAUGUCCACUUAUCAACAAGAAAUUGUAAGACAUAUAAAGAAACUAAAAUGUUCGACUUACAAACAGGAAAAAAGCAGGCAACAGAAAUGGCCUUUGACAGGAAACAUAUCAGAUUUAAAAGACAAAAACUUCAAGGUAGCCAUUAUAUAUACAUUCACAGCAGUAAGGGAAAAUAUAAUGUCUCAUCAAAUAAAGAAUAUCAAUAAAGGAAAUCAUAAGAUGAACCAAAUGUAAAUUCUGGAGUUGAAGGAUAUAAUAACCAAUAUAAAAAAAUCAUUAGAAGGGCUAAAUAAGUUUGAGCUGGCAGAAGAAUUAGAAAACUUUCAAAUAGAUCAAUAGAAAUUAUGCAUCCUCAAUUCCAUCUUCCCAUUAGAAAAUAGAAUAAGAAAAUGAAGAGAUAGGAUGAGAAAAUAGAACAAAGAAAUAUAAACAGAGCCUCAGAGAAAUUCAGGACGCCUUUCAGUGCACCAAUGUACAUGUAAUGAGAAUACCAUAAAGUGGGGAGAAAGAAGCACAAAAAGAUUCAAAGAAAUAAUGGCUAAAAAAUCCAUAAUUUGUCGAACAAACAUUAAUCUAUACUCACAAGCAUCUCAACAAACUGUGAACAGAAUGAAUGCAAACAUGUCCACAAACAGACACAUCAUAGUAAAAAUGUUAAAAGUGAAAGGAAAUGUUGAAAGCUGUAAGAGAAAAACAAUGUGCCACAAGGGUACCCCAACAGAUUAACAGCAAACUUCUCAUCAGAAACAAUGGAGGGGAUGUAAGACACUGGGAUGAUAUAUUCAAAGUACUCAAAGGACAAAAGCUUUGUCAACCAUGAUCUUAUGUCUAGUAAUGCUGCCUUCAAAAAAAAGGUGAAACAAAGCCCUCCCAGAUCUGCCAUAUGAGAAAUUGUAACAAAAAAAAUUAUUAAUUCUGAAAGCAAGUAAAACACAUGAAAAUUAAAAAUCACAUUUUUAAAAAGAACAAAAUUAAUAUUUAUAAUUAUAAAGGUAAUUAUAGCCAGGCACAGUGGCUCACGCCUGGAAUCUCAGCACUUUGAGAGGCUAAGGUGGGCAGAUUGCCUGAGGUUGGGAGUUCAAGACCAGCCUGGCCAACAUGGCAAAACCCCGUCUCUACUAAAAAUACAAAAAUUAUCUGGGCAUGGUGGCGUGCACCUGUAGUCCCAACUACUUGGAAGGUGAGGCAAGAUAAUCACUUGAAACCAGGAGGCAGAGGUUACAGUAAGCUGAGAUCAUGCCACUUCACUCCAGGCUGGGCAGCAAAGUGAGACUCUGUCUCUCACACACACAAAAUGGCAAUUAUAAAAGGCAGCAUAAGUGCACAUUUCUUUUACUUUUUUCUCUUAAUAGAUUUAACAAGCAAUUGUAUAAUACAAUAUGUACAUAAUUGUAUUAUUGGCCAUAUGACAUGGAAAUGUAAUAUAUUUGACAAUAGCAGCAUAAAGGAAGUAAAUGACAGCAGAGUUGUAUUGGAGUAAAGAAAUGAUACAUGAUAGUAACUAGAAUUCACAGGAAUGAAUAAAAAGAAGUAGAAAUAGUAAAUAAAAAGCUAUAUAUUAAAAAUACCAUAUAAAUAUAUAUAUAUUCUUUUCCAUCCUUAAUAGACAUAAACCUAUACAGAAUAAGUAUAAUGUAUUUUUGAGUCUGUAGCAUGUGUAGACAUAAUAAUGUAGAACAAUAAUAGAAUUAAAAAGUAGGAUAGAUUAGAGCUACAUAAAUAACAUUUAUAUAUUUCACUGGGAUCAAGUUAGUAUUAUUCUGAAGCUGAUUCUAAGAUGUAUAUAAUAAACCCUACAGCAGCCAUUAAGAAAAUAACAAAAAUACAAUGAAUAAAAAAGAAAUUUAAAUGUGUUAUUGUAGAAAAUCAACACAGAGGAAGGCAGUAAGAAAAGAAAUGUGGGACUGGGUGAACUAUAAUACAGAAAAAAAACAACAUGGCAAAAAUAAGUCAUUCCUUAUCAAUAGUUACUUUAAAUGUAAAUGGAUCAAACUUGGCAAUCAAAAGACAUAGAUUGGCAGAUGAUAAAUGAACGAGAUCCAACUAAAUGCUAUCUAUAAGAAAGUCACUUUAGAUCUAAGGACACACAUAGUUUGAAAGUGAAAAGAUGGGCCGGGCGCAGUGGCUCACGCCUGUAAUCCCAGCACUUUGGGAGGCCGAGGCGGGCGGAUCAUCUGAGGUCAGGAGUUUUAGACCAACCUGAUCAACAUGGAGAAACCCCGUCUCUACUGAAAAUACAAAAACUUAGCCGGGCUUGGUGGCGAGCGCCUGUAAUCCCAGCUACUUAGGAGGCUGAGGCAGGAGAAUGGCGUGAACCUGGGAGGCGGAGCUUGCAGUGAGCCAAGAUCGUGUCACUGCACUCCAGCCUGGGCGACAGAGCGAGACUCCGUCUAAAAAACAAACAAACAAACAAAAAGAAAGUGAAAAGAUGAAAAAAGAUAUUUCAUGCAAACAGCAAUUAAAAAGAGUGGGCAUGGCUAUAUUAAUAUCAGACAAAAUAUACUAUAAGUUAAAAAAGGUUAGAAGAGACAAAGAAUAUAUAAUAAAAUGGUCAACUUACCAAGAAGAUAUAUCAAUUACAAAUACAUAUACACUAAACACCUGAGCUCCAAAAUUUAUGAAGGAAACAUUGACAGAAUUGAAGGAAGAAAUAGACAUCUAUGCAAUAAUAGUAGGAGACUUCAAUACACUACUUUUAAUAAUAUGUAGAGGAACAGGACAGAAGAUAAAUUAGGAAAUAGGGGACUUGAACCAAUUGGACCUAACACACAUAUAUACAUAACAUUUCCACUCAACAAUAGCAGAGUGCACAUUUUCCUCAAGUGCAUGUGGAUUAUUAUCCAGGAUAAACUAUGUCUUAGGCCACAGAAGAAGUCAUAAUGUUAAAAUAUUGAAACUAGAAUUCAAUAGCAUAAGUAAAACUGUAAAAUCCACAAGUAUAUGAAAGUUAAGUACACUCUAAACUAGUGGAUCAAAGAAGAAAUCAAAACAAAUGAAAAUGAGGUAAGUGAAAACACAACAUACCAAAUUUAUGGGAUGCAGCAAAAGCAGUGUUAAGGGAAUUUUAUAGCUGUUAGUGUUUACAUUAAAAAAGAUUUCAAGUCAGCAACCUGACUUUAUGCCAUUAGAAACUAGAAAAGAAGAAGAAACUAAAUCUGAAGCUAGUGGAAGGAAAUGAAAAUAUUAGGCUUGAGAUUAACAUAUUAGAGAAUAAAAAAUAGAGAAAAUUAGUAAAACUAAGAGUUGGUUAUUUUAAAAGUUCAACGAAAUUGAGAACCAUUAGGCAGAUUGAUUAAGAGAGAAAGACUGAAAUAACUAGGAUCAGAAAUGAAACAGGGAACAUUCCAUUCCUACCAACUGUAUACUAAUAAAAAGCAUUAUUCAAGAGUACUUUUUACAAUGGUAUUCCAAUAAAUUUGAUAACCUAGACAAAAUGGAAAAGUUUCUAGAAACACACACCUUUCUAAGACUCAAUAAUGAAGAAAUAGAAAAUCUGAAUAUACCUAUGACCAGUAAGGAGACUGAAUAGUAAUCUAAUACCUCCUAACAAAGAAAAGCCAAAGACUACAUGGUUUCACUGGUGAAGUCUACCAAAUGAUUUUACAUCUUUAUUCUUUUCUAGCACUAUAGGCAUUUAAAGCUAAAAAUAAAAACAUAUUUAGCUGCUCCAAAAAUUUGGAUUGUUUUUGUUUUUAUUAAAAAUGCAUUCUAGGCAAGGUGCGAUGGUUCAUGCCGGUAAUCCCAGCAUUUUGGGAGGCCGAGAUGGGAGGGUUGCUUGAGGCCAGGAGUUUGAGACCAGCCUGGUUAACAUAGUGAGAUCCCCAUCUCUAUUUUUAAGAAGUAAAAUAAAAAUUACAUCCUAAUCUCUCUUAUAAUUUAUUCUUUGAUCCAUGGAGUAUUUAGCAAUGUGUUGAAUAAUUUCAAAAUAUUUUUACAUUUCCCAAAUUUCCUCAGUGUUUGAUUUCUAAUUUUAUUUUCACUGUGGUCAGAUAAUAUACUUAGCAUGACUUACUUUUAAAAAAUAUUAUGAUUUGCCAUAUAUAGGUCUAGUAUAUUGUUUAGUUUAGAAAAUGUUGCAUGUUGAGUAUGUAUUUUAUUGUUGGUUGAGUGUUCAACCAACCAUCAGUUAAGACAAACUAGUUUGUAGUGUUGUUGAAGUCUUCUAUAUCCUUGCAGAUUUUCUGUCUAGUUGUUAUAUGUAUUGAGAAUAGAGUGUUAAAAUCUCCACCUUCUAUUGUUGAGCUGUCAUUUUCUCCCUUCAGUUUUGUCAGUUUUCCUUUCAUGUAUGUAGUCUUCUGUUUUUAGGAGCAUAUAUGUUCAUUGUAGUUAUAUUUUUCUGAUUAACUCGCCCUUUUAUCAUUAAAUAAAUCUCUCUCUUUUUCUCUAGUAACAUUUUGAAAGUCUGUUUUGUCUGAUGGUAGUAUAACCAUUCCUGUUCUCUUCUGAUCACCAUUUGUAUGGUAUCUAUUUGUAUGUUUUUCCAUCCUUUUGUUUUCCAUCUGUUUUCAGCUUUUAAAAAGAACUAAUGUAUAUCUUAGCUUAAAAAAAUCUAUUUGAGAUUAUUGCUAAAAUAAUAACAAUAGUCGUCAGGCAUGGUGGCUCACACCUGUAAUCCCAGCACUCUGGGAGGCUGAGGUGGAAGGAUUGCCUGAGCCCAGGAGUUCAUGACCAGCCUGGGCAAUAUAGUGAGACCCUGUCUCUACAAAAAAUUAGAAAUAAAAUUUUAAAAAUCAAAAUAAAUAAAAUCAUAUCAAUAGUAUACAGAAAGUUUACUCCAAUAUAGCUCCCUUCCUUUGUGCUAUCAUAGUAAUAUGAAUGUGACACAAAUUACAACUUUAUACAUUAUGGACAAAAUAAUACAAUUAUAUAAUUAUGGUUUUAUGCAGUUAUCUUUAAUCAGUUAAAAUAAAAAAGUAAAAGUGUAUAUUAUCUUUUAUUUACCUAUGUAAUGACUUUAAUCAGUGCUCAUUAUUUCUUUGUGUGGAUUCCAGUGACCAUCACCUUUCAUCCUAAAGAACUUUAAUAUUUCUUAUUAGGAAAGUCUGCUAGCAACAAAGGCUUUCAGUCCUUAUCUGCAAUUCUCUUUAUUUUGUCUAUAUUUUGAGAGAGAAUAUUCUGGAUAUAGAAUUCUUGGUUGUCUGGUGGGGUUUUAUUUGUUUUUUUGUUUUGUUUUGUUUUUUGUUUUUGUUUGUUUGUUUUUAGUACUUUGAAUCUCAUCCCACUGCCUUUUGGUCUCUGUUGUUUCUGAUGAGAAGUCAGCCAAUAGUCCUGUUGAGAAUCUCGUUUAUAUGAUGAAUAAUGUUUCCCUUGCUGUUUUCAAGAUUUCCCUUUGUUCCUGGCUUCUGACAAUUUGACUCUGGGGUAGCUCUCCUUGAGACAUGUUGAUUAAGUAUUAAUAUCUGGGUUUAUCUCACUUGGAGUGUGUUCACAUUCUUGUAAAUGUAGGUGUGUGUGUGUGUGUGUGUGUGAUCAACUUCACAAAGAGUUUGGCCAUUAUUUUUCAAGCAUUUUUUCUUUUUCUUUCCUUCUGACCCUCCUCUUAUAUGUAUGCUGGUUUGCUUGAUGGUGUGCUACAUGUCUCUGAUGCUUUCUUCAUUUUUAUUCCUUCUGUUUUUCUUUCUGUUCUUCAGACUGCAUAAUUUUAUUGACCUAUUUUCAAGUUCACUAAUUGUUUUUUCAGGUUAAAUCUGCUAUUGAGUUCUUCUAGUGAAUUUUUCAUUUCAGUUAUUGUACUUCUCAACUCUAGAAUUUCUACUUGAUUCUUUCAUUGCAGUAAUAAUUUCCAUCUCUCUGUCGAUAGUCUCUGGCAGGACAUUAUUGUCAUACUCUUCUUUAAAUUCUUUACAUAUGGCUUGUUUUAGUUCUUUGAACAUAAUUAAAAUAGCUGCUUUCAGAUCUUUGCUAAAUCCAACAUUUUUACUGUCUCAGAGACAGUUGUCUACUAGCUGCUUCAUUCCCAUCCCCUCUGAGUGAGCUACUUGGAUUCUUUAGCUCCUGUGAAAGUUUGUUCAUGCAUAGAUAGAAGUUUAAAUUGAUGUUUCUGUGAGAGCUAAGUGCUGGAAAGUCCCAUUCUGCUAUCUUGCUGACAUCACUCCUGUUAAGAUUUUCUAUUUUUUCUUGAGUCAGUGAUAGUUUGUGUGUUUCUAGGAGUUUUUCCUUUCCAUUUAGGUUAUUUUGUUGACAUACAAUUGUUUAUAAUUUUCUUCUAUCAUCAUUUUCAUUUUUGUAAGUUUAGUAAUGUUUCCACUUUCAGCUCUGACUUUAGUAAUUUUGGUGUUUUCUCUUUUUUCUUGUUCAGUCCUGCUACAGUUUUGCCACUUUUUUUGAUCUUUUCAAAGAACCAGCUUUUAAUUUUGCAAAUUUUCUCUAUUAUUUUUCUAUUUUCUAUUUAAUCUAACCUCACUUUUAUCUUUAUUAUUUCCUUUCUUCUCCUGGUUUUGUUCUUUUUUUCUAUUUUUCAUAUUCUAAUUCCUAAAUGUAUACAGUUAGGUCAUUGAUUUGACAUCUUUCCUCCUUUUUAUAGGCAUGUAGAGCUAUAAAUUUUUCCCUGAGUAGUAAGCAUCUCAUGAACUUUAGUGACAUGUGUUUUUAUUUGUAUUUAUCUAAAAUGUUUUCUAAAUUCUCUUUUUAUUUGUUCUUUAACCCUUUGGUUGUUUAAGAUUCUGUUUAUUUGGCACAAAACAGCAAUAUCAUCUAUCCUUACUCCUAUUCAGUAUAGAAAUUCAACAGAAUUUCAGUUAUCAGAACUUGCCAACAUGAAGACAAUGGGAUUUAGUCCUACAAAUUAAGGAAGAAACUGAAUGAUUAAAGUCAUGAACUAACAUAUUAUAUACAGGAAUUUUGAAAUUCUUCAAUUUUGCAUAGGAAUUUCUUCAGUUAUGGCAGUAGUCUUUUGAUGGUGCUCCAAUUUUUAACUGGAUACAUUUACAAUUUGUGUUAGAAUGGAAUGCAAUUGAGAAGGUUUAUGUUUCUGUAACACCUAAAUUUGGCUUAACAUUCAAAGGUAUCAUAAAUUGAGCCAAUUUGUUUGGCUUUAGGAAUAAUUUUUAAAUAAAUGUACCCUUCCUAGACUAAGUGGCAAAAAAAAAAAAAAAAUAGAGAUGUCCUGUGAAGGCAAAAUACGUCAACUGCUAAAAUAUUUGCAAUCUAAUAUUCCAUAUUCACAAUACUCAUGAGGAUAUUUUCCAUUUCAUUGGAUAUAUUCUAAGACUUCUGAUUACCUUAGUAUAUGCAGAGUAUAUAUCUCAAUUUAAAAGGUAUGGUGUUGAGAGAAGUGCCAUUUGAAGGUAGCUAUAAUUUCAAGUUUAUUAACCAUAAAGUCCAGCAUUGAAGAUUACAUAAAAUUUUAUCAAAAUUUAAAAAUAAUAGACUGUUUUGAAAAAAUAUCCUUAAAAAUAUGGUGAUACUGGCUAAGAAAUUGAUUAAAGCAUUGGAAUAUAUACCAAAAAUAAUUAUUCUGCUCUUUAAUGUACAGUCAAUAUAGAUAGCUUAAAAUUUUUUCCUUACUACAAAAACAUUAUUUUGUUUUAAUGCAAAUAUGUUAUUGUUUACCCUUUAGGAUAUAACAGAAAAUUAUGACUCAUAAAGGAAAUUUUCAAACAUUAUAUAAUUUCAAUUAUCAUAGUAUUCAUACAUUUUAAAAUUUUUACUACUUUGGACAAUAUAUAGUGAGCUGUUAUUGAUUUCUAAUUUAAUUCCAUUUUUGUCAAAAACAUGCUUUGUAUGACUUGAGUCCAUUUACUCAUUUAUUGAGACUUGUUUUAUGGCCCAGAAUAUGGUAUAUGCUGGUAAGUGUCCCCUGUCCACCUAAGAUGAAUUUUACUGUCUUUGAGAAGAGUGUUCCAGAAGUGUAAAUGAGAUCAAGCAGGUUGAUAUGUUGUUUAGAUAAUCUAUACCCUGUUGCUUUUCUGCAUUAGUUCUAUCAAUUACCAAGAGAGAUAUGUUGAAAUAUCUGAUUAUAAUUGUGGAUUUGUCUGUUACUUUAUUGAUCUAACAGGUUUUUACUCACAUACUUACAAGCUGUAUUAAGAGCAUAAUUUAGGUUUGUUCUUUCCACUGGAUGAACUGUAUCCUUCAUCAUUAUUAUGAUGUAACUUUCUUUAUCCCUGAUAUAGUCUUUUUGGUGAAGUCACUUUGUUUUUAAUAUAGCCACUCCAGCUUUCUUUUGACUAGUGUUAGGAUGGUAUAUAUUUUUCCAUCCUUUUACUCUUAACCUAUUAGUGCUUUUAUAUUUUAAGUAUUACCUGUAGGUAGCACGUAUUUGGGUCUGACUUUAAAAAAAAAAUCCAACCUGACAACCUUCUUAAGUUAAGGUGUUAGACCAGUUACACUUAAUGUGAUCAUUGAUACAAUUAAGUUUAAUAUGUUGCUAUUUGUUUUCUGUCACAGUCGGGAACGAAAAGACAUUUUGCUCUUCAUUAUUCCAUGUUUCCGCUUUAUGUAGCAUAAGAAACUACAAAAAUCAUUUUGAAAGUUCAAUGUUGCUAGAUUACAACAGUGAAAUCAAGCUUUUCCUACGAAAAACAAACCCCCUUUGGCAUUUGUUUAGACUGUUUUAAGAAAAUGUGUUAAUUAUUUCAUCCUUCAAGAUAAGGCAAGUAAUUCUCUGUGUACUUUAUCUGUUUCCAUGCCGUCCUGAAUCACGUUUUUCUCUCCAGGUAACAGGAAGAUUGUCUUGAAGAAUCAAGUAUAUUUGAUUCUGAAAUCUCUCAUGUAAACCACACUUCCUCUUCUAGUAUAAAACCAACCAUUCCUUUUCUUUCUUUUUUUUUUUUUUUUUUUUUGAGACGGAGUCUCUCCAUUUCCUUAGUUCAGGCUUUUCAAAUUUAUCCUAAGUCCCUUCAAAUAGCACAAAGGGGAAGCCUAUGCUCGGAUUUGAGACGAAGAGGUCAAAGCAGCUACAUUUUGACGUAAUUUUACUUUAAAUUCUUCUUUAAAAGUUCUGCUCAUUUGCAUUCUUCUGCAUGGAGAGAAAAGGUAAUUUACACUGACGCACCGAAAACAGCAACGCUCCUCUCAGAUGGGGAUCCUCGCCCGUAGCCGCAACCUCUGCACCCCACGGUCUGGAACUCCCACAAAUCCAUUAGGCUAGGGUCCCUUAGGAGCCCCCAAUGUAUGCUGGGAUCAACCUGAACAGACUAUAGACCAAGGCUUCUGAGGUUCUUUCUGCUCAGGACUGUAUUUCCCAGAGGCCACCGCACCGGAAUUAACGGUUCCACUUCCUGUCUCCCGGGGUUGACGACGUAGCUGGGGGAGAAGCCCGAGGAAGAUUGACCAAUUUUGUAAUUCUAGAAACAUGGUCCACGGAUCAGUGACAUUCAGGGAUGUGGCCAUCGACUUCUCUCAGGAGGAGUGGGAGUGCCUGCAGCCUGAUCAGAGGACUUUGUACAGGGAUGUGAUGUUGGAGAACUACAGCCACCUGAUCUCACUGGCAGGAAGUUCCAUUUCUAAGCCAGAUGUGAUUACAUUACUAGAGCAAGAGAAAGAGCCCUGGAUUGUUGUAAGUAAAGAAACAAGCAGAUGGUAUCCAGAUUUGGAGUCAAAAUAUGGACCUGAGAAAAUAUCUCCAGAAAAUGAUAUUUUUGAAAUAAAUUUACCCAAACAUGUUAUAAAGCAAAUAAGUAAAACACUUGGCCUCAAGGCCUUUUAUUUUAGAAAUGACUCAGAAUAUAGUAGUAGAUUUGAGGGACCACAAGGACAUCAAGAGGGAUAUAUCAAUCACAAGAUCAUCAGCUAUGAAGAAAUACCUGCUUAUACUCAUGCUUCUCUUAUUCAUAAUACACAUAAACCAUAUGAAUGUAAGGAAUGUGGGAAAUACUUUAAUCGUGGUUCAAAUCUUAUUCAGCAUCAGAGUAUUCAUACUGGAGAGAAACCCUAUAAAUGCAAAGAAUGUGGGAAAGCCUUUCAACUUCACAUACAACUUACUCGACAUCAGAAAUUUCAUACUGGUGAGAAAACUUUUGAAUGUAAGGAAUGUGGAAAAGCCUUUAAUCUUCCCACCCAGCUUAAUCGCCAUAAGAACAUUCACACAGGUGAGAAACUGUUUGAAUGUAAGGAAUGUGGGAAGUCUUUUAAUCGUAGCUCAAACCUUACUCAGCAUCAAAUUAUUCAUGCUGGUGUAAAACCAUAUCAAUGUAAGGAGUGUGGGAAAGCCUUUAAUCGUGGUUCAAAUCUUAUUCAGCAUCAAAAAAUUCAUUCCAAUGAGAAACCCUUUGUAUGUAGGGAAUGUGAGAUGGCCUUUCGAUAUCAUUACCAACUCAUUGAACAUUGCCGAAUUCAUACUGGUGAGAAACCCUUUGAAUGUAAAGAAUGCAGAAAGGCCUUUACUCUUCUGACAAAGCUUGUUCGACAUCAGAAGAUUCAUAUGGGUGAGAAGCCCUUUGAAUGUAGGGAAUGCGGGAAGGCCUUUAGUCUUCUCAAUCAGCUUAAUCGCCAUAAGAACAUUCACACAGGUGAAAAACCCUUUGAAUGUAAAGAAUGUGGGAAGUCCUUUAAUCGUAGUUCAAACCUUAUUCAACACCAGAGUAUUCACGCUGGUGUAAAACCAUAUGAAUGUAAGGAGUGUGGGAAAGGCUUUAAUCGUGGCGCAAAUCUUAUUCAGCAUCAGAAAAUUCAUUCCAAUGAGAAACCUUUUGUAUGUGGGGAAUGUGAGAUGGCCUUUCGAUAUCAUUACCAACUUAUUCAACAUUCUCAAAUUCAUACUGGUGGGAAACCCUUUGAAUGUAAAGAAUGUGGAAAGGCCUUUAGUCUUCUGACACAGCUUGCUCGACAUAAGAACAUUCACACUGGUGAGAAACCAUUUGAAUGUAAAGACUGUGGGAAGGCCUUCAAUCGUGGCUCGAACCUUGUUCAACAUCAGAGUAUUCAUACUGGUGAGAAGCCCUAUGAAUGUAAGGAGUGUGGGAAGGCUUUUAGACUUCACCUACAACUUUCUCAACAUGAGAAAAGUCAUACAGGUGAGAAACCCUUUGAAUGUAAAGAAUGUGGGAAAUUCUUUUGUCGUGGUUCAAAUCUUAAUCAACAUCGAAGUAUUCAUACUGGAAAGAAACCCUUUGAAUGUAAGGAAUGUGGGAAAGCUUUUCGACUUCAUAUGCACCUUAUUCGACAUCAGAAAUUUCAUACUGGUGAGAAGCCCUUUGAAUGUAAGGAAUGUGGCAAGGCCUUCAGUCUUCACACCCAGCUUAAUCGCCAUAAGAACAUUCACACAGGUGAGAAGCCAUUUGAAUGUAAAGAAUGUGGGAAGUCCUUUAAUCGUGUCUCGAACCUUGUUCAACAUCAGAGUAUUCAUGCUGGUGUAAAACCAUAUGAAUGUAAGGAGUGUGGGAAAGGCUUUAGUCGUGGUUCAAACCUUAUUCAGCAUCAGAAAAUUCAUUCCAACGAGAAACCCUUUGUAUGUAAGGAGUGUAGGAAGACCUUUAGAUAUCAUUACCAGCUUACUGAACAUUACCAAAUUCAUACUGGUGAGAAACCCUUUGAAUGUAAAGAAUGCGGAAAGGCCUUUAGUCUUCUGACACAGCUUGCUGAACAUCAGAUCAUUCAUACUGGUGAGAAGCCAUUUAAAUGUGAGGAGUGUGGGAAGGCCUUUAAUCGUGGCUCAAACCUUGUUCAACCUCAGAGUAUUCAUAAUGGUGAGAAACCCUAUGAAUGUAAGGAGUGUGGGAAGGCUUUUAGACUUCAUCUACAACUUUCUCUGCAUCAAAAACUUGUACAGGUGAGAAACCCUUUGAAUGUAAGAAAUGUGGGACAGCCUUCAGACAUCAGUAGCAACUUACUGAACAUCAGAAAAUUCAUACUUGGGUGAAAACCUUUGAAUGUAAGGAAUGUGGGAAGGCCUUUCAAUAUCAUUACCAAUUUCAUGGACAUUAUAGAUUUCAUAUUCGUGAGAACCCUUAUGAAUGUCAAGGAUGUGGGAAAUGCUUUACCAGUGGUAGAAACCUUAGAGUACAUCAGAGAAUUCAUACUGGUGAGAAACCAUAUCAAUGUGAAGAAUGUGGGAAAGCCUUUAGUCAUAGUUCAAACCUGUUAAACAUGUUAAAAUUCAUACUGAUGAGAAACCCUAUGAAUGUCAGGAAUGUGAAAAGGCCUUUAGCAGUAAUUAUGAACUUACUGUACAUCUGAGAAUCCAUACUGCUGAGAAACCCUGUGAGUGUAAAGAAUGUGGAAAACUUUUGGAUUUAGCUUAGUCUUUACUGCGCAUCAAAGAAUUCAUACUGGUAUGAACCGUAUGAAUGUAAAGAAUGUGGAAAGACCUUUACUUGUAGCUCGAGCCUUGUUCAACAUGUUAAAAUUCAUACUGGUGAGCAACCCUGUGAAUGUAAAGGAUGUGGGAGGACCUUUAGACUUAGUUCAGUCCUUUCUGUACAUCACAGAAUUCAUACUGGCAUGAAACCCUACGAACGUAAAGAAUGUGAGCAAACCCUUACUGUGAAUGAUCUGCUUACUCAACAUCAGAAAAUUCAUUAUAGUUAGAAGUUUUAUGAAUAUAAGGAGUGUAGACAAGCCUUCACUGUGUAUGAAAAAUUUACUCAACACCAGAGAAUUCAUAUUGAUGAGAAAUCCUGUGAACAUAAAAGAAUGUGUGAAGAACUUUCAUCGUGGCCUGGGAUUUGCUCAACAUCAGAGUAUUCAUACUGUUGAGAACUCCUUUGAGUGUUAAGGAAUGUGGGAUGUUUUAUAGCCACACUAAAUGCCUUAGAGUUCAGAGAAGGUAAUUUUGGUGAGAAAGUUAUUGAUGUGAGGAAUGUAGAAUAGCUGCCAUGUUCACAGUUUACUACCCAUGAAAUAUUUUACUGGAUACAGGCAUACGUUGCUUAAUUGUGCAUUGCAGUUACCGCAUUUUAUACACAUUGAAGGUUUGCAGCAACCUUGCAGUGAAUAAGUCUAUGAGCACCAUUUUCCAAACAGCAUGUGCACAUUUCAUGUCUUUGUGUCACACUUUGCUAGUUUUCAUAAUAGUUCAAACUUUUUCAUUGUUAAAUCUGUUAUGGUGAUCUGUGACCAGUGUUUUUUGAUGUUACUAGUGUAAUUGUUUGGGGAUACCACAAAUCCUGCCCAUAAAAGAUGGUGAACCUAGUUGAUAAUUGUUGCAGGUUUUGAAAGAAUAGUAAAAUAUAUACCCAUAUCCCCCCCCCACCUAGAUUCAAAAUUGUUAACAAUUUGCCACAUUUAUUUUUUGUAUAUUUGUUGUACCAUUGAGAAUAAGUUUUAGACCAUUGAGAGUAAGUUUUAGACAUCAUGACACUUUACCCCUUGUUACAUCAGCAUGUGUGUUACCCAAACAUAAAGACAAUAUCAUAUAACCAUAGUACCAUAAUUACCCUUAAGGAAAAUAUUCAUAAUUCUGUAAUAUCAUUCCAUCUUCAGAUUUCUUCAUUGGCCUGCAAACCAUCUUUUACAGCUAUUCACUUUCUCUCUCUUUUUUUGUUUUUUUUUGAGAUGGAGUCUCGCUCUGUCGCCCAGGCUGGAGUGCAGUGAUGCGAUCUGGGCUCAAUGCAAGCUCCACCUCCCAGGUUCAUGCCAUUCUCCCGCCUCAGCCUCCCGAGUAGCUGGGACUACAGGCACCCGCCACCACGCCCGGCUAAUAUUUUGCAUUUUUAGUAGAGACAGGGUUUCACUGUGUUAGCCAGAAUGGUCUCGAUCUCCUGACCUCGUGAUCCACCCACCUCGGCCUCCCAAAGUGCUGGGAUUACAGGCGUGAGCCACCGCGCCUGGCCUACAGCUGUUCAUUUUCUAAGGAGUAUCCAUUGCAGAUUCUGCAUUGCAUUUGGUUAUCUCUCUUUAGUGUAUUGUAGCAUGGAAACCCCAUGAAGGUAUGCUCUCAAAUUAUGGUGGGUAUCAGAAUCACCUGUGGAACUUGGUAAACCUACAGAAGUGUAGACCUAGCUUAUAAGCCUGGGCCUCUGUUUUUUAUUAUUUCUCCAGGUUUUGUGUCUGUGAUACCAACCAGAGUUAGAGAGCCACUGGUCUAGAAAAUUUCUCCUCAUUUUAAAAAAAAUGACAUUGGAGUAGCCCAGAAAUGUUGUCGGCUAUGUGUUUAGAUUUCUUUCUUUAUAGUGUCAUUUAGCCUUGUUCUUGGUUGUAUUUUCUGUACAAGGGAAUGUAAGUCCAGAGGCUUUCUUAGGUCUAGAUUAAACGUUUGGGGAAGAAUACUUUGUAGGUUAUUUGUAUGUCAUAUUGUACUGUCAGAAAACAUUUAAGUACAGGUCCUUGCAUUAGUGAAAACUAAGGAUGAUCAUUUGGGUAAGCUGGUAACUGCCAUAAGUCCAUUGUAAAGAUUUAGUUUGUAGUGGGUAAGUAAUCUAUGGAGAGACAUUGUCAUCUCUGAAAAUUUAUAGUCAUGUGUAUUUAAGCCCUGGAUUGAAUACAAAAUGAAAAUUGAAAUAGACCAUUGAGAAAUGAAUGCCAUUAAAGCGUCAACAUAAUUCAACUUGUGUGAUAUGGCUGACACUGUACUCAGUACAAAACUGGCACCCUUCGGAUUAUGUAGGGAGCCAAGAUUGUUUGGAACCUUUUUUUUUGUUCAGCAUUUAUCACCAGCACCUAUACCAUGGCUGGUACGUGAGCUGUUGAUAAACUUUGAAAAAAAAUUAACCCUUUAAAUCAAGCUGUAAAACAUGAUACCAUUAGGCCAGGAGCAGUGGCUCAUGCCUGUAAUCCCAGCACUUUGGGAGGCCAAGGUGGGCAGAUCACCUGAGGUCAGGAGUUCGAGACCAACCUGGCCAACAUGGUGAAACUCCAUCUCUCCUAAAAAUAAAAAAAUUAGCUGGACGUGAUGGCACAUGCCUGUAAUCCCAGCUACUUGGGAGGCUGAGGCAGGAGAAUCACUCGAACUUGGAAGGUGGAGGUUGCAGUGAGCCGAGAUUGCACCACUGCACUCCAGCCUGGGCGACAGAGUGAGACUUCGUCUCAAAAAAACCCCAAAACAAAACAUGAGACCAAUGUGGCAUCAUGAAUUAGAUUAUUUUUUUUUUUACGAUUAAGAAUAAUCCUUUGUGAUUUUAUCCCAUUGUGUUAAAAAAUCUAUAAAGUGAUAAUUUAUAUUGAUAGCUAUCUUGUUUUUAUGAAUAUACCCUGGUCAGGUGAUUUUUCUUGCGAUAGACUACUUAAUUCUAUCUUUUACCAUUUAAUUGCUUCUAUAAUCAUAAGUAAAGUUAUAAUUUUCCAAGUAUUUUUCAGGUAUUGAUAUUGCAAUGAUGUUAUACAACUUAUAAAACAAGAUUAUAUAAAACUUGGCUUUCAAAUCUUAUGUUCCUACUUUUUAUUUCCAGUUUCAUCUUUUUUCUAUUCAUUCUCUUGAACUUUCUUCUUUGAAAUCAAAAGAUUCCCUGGGUAUUAACCCAGCGCAACUCCUGUAUGGGUCAUUGCACAUCCCGGUAGUAUCAUUAAGAAUUGUCAUAAAAGAAAGAUCCCUGGCAGCCUUUCAAUGAAACUCUAUCAUCAUGCAAUCUUGGCAGUACUAUGUUGGAAGUCAGAGUCCCUUUGCAAACAUAAUAAAACACUUUAAUAUGUUUGUUAAAGUUACAAACCAAGUAUGUACAAAUUUAAAAAUCAUGGCCAGGCAUGGUGGCUCACGCCUGUAAUCCCCAACUUAAAAUGGUUUGACUUAUGAUUUUCAGCUUUAUAAUAGUACUAAAGUAAUAUGCUGCUAUAGUUUGGAUAUUUGUCCCCUCCAAAUCUCAUAUUGAAGUUUGAUCCCAAUGUUGGAGGUGGGGCCUAAUGGGAGGUGUUUGGGUCAUGGGAGAAGAUCCCUCAUGAAUAAAUUAAUGUCCUCUCUGGAUUGGGGGGUGAGUUAUCACUCUAUUAGUUCCUCUGAGAGCUGGUUGUUCAAAAGAGCCUGGUACCUCCUUCCUCACCCUCUUGCUUCCUCUCUUGCCAUGUGAUGUCUGCAUACAUUGCCCCCUUUCAUCUUCUGCCACGAGUGGAAGCAGCCUGGGGCCCUUACCAGAAGCAGAUGUUGCACCAUGAUUCUUGUAAAUCCUACAGAACAGUGAGCCAAAUAAACCUCUUUCUUUAUUAAUUA